CACAUCCACUACCUGACAGACGCUCCCGAGGCUAUCGCCAGCGCUUACACCAACACAAUGUUCGAGCACUAUCCCAGAGGAUCCUUCGACUUCCGCCCACUGAACUUCACCAAGACUGAAGAGAUGUUCAAUGCCCGCAAGUACAACAUCAGGAGACUCAUGAAGAGCUUUCCCAACCGAAGAUUCAUCUCGAUUGGAGACACUACAAACACCAUGAGCAGAUUUCCCGACGACUUGAGAGAUUUCUAUCCUCAGAUUCAGUGUCUUCUUGUCCGUGAUGUCUCGGCCACUGAGAGGUCCGACUGGGUCACUCCCGACACCCGUAGCUUCUUCAAGCUGGAUGACACUGAAUAUCUCUUCUUCCGCACCCCAGCCGACCUC